UGUUGAGAUAUGAGAUAAUAUUUUUUCAAUUGCAUCCCAAAGUUAGAACUGAGCGGAUUACAAUGGUUCAUAGGUUACUAAUGAUAUCAAUCUUUUUCCAAACACAGAUGAUAAGAGGAGAAGGGGUCAAGGAAAACCAGACUCUAUUCACCGACCUAAUGUUGGAAUUAGUUGGGCCCCAGCCUGAUGUCCCCUCUUCUAUGGAAAUGUUGGCUGUAAAUAUUUACAACGAAUCUAUAGUUGAGGAGGGACAACUGAAUGAAGACUUGAUUGAUGCUGCGGCUAAUGCUCUUGGUACUGAAGAUGAUCUGAAGAUCGCUGAUCGAGGAAGAUCAAGUGUUGGAAGAUCAAGGCGAAGUGUUCAAAGAAAUAUUAAGUAUCGUUGGCCUAACAGUCUUGUUCCAUACAGAAUUGAUCCUAGAUUUGAUGCAGCGCAAACUUCUAUCAUUGAUGAAGCUAUGCGAUUUAUAGAGUCUGAAACCUGUAUAAAGUUUCGAUCAAAAAGAGAAACUGAUCAAGAUUGGGUUGAUUUUGUUAAAACUACAACAGAUAGAUGUUUCACUAAUCUCAGAUAUGAAGGGCCUGGACAUGGAGCUCACUACAUCACCCUUCAAGAUUCUCCGGACAGUCUUUGCUCUGUCGGAAGGGUGACUGUGCUUCACGAGCUAUUACAAAUACUGGGAAUGUCGCAUGAACAUCAGCGACCGGAUAGAGAUCAAUUUAUCACCAUCAACUGGACAAACUUACAGCUUGGCAUUGCAAACAAAUACUGGAAAGACUCCUGGGAUACUGACGAUAUUUCAAAUAAAACGAUAUGUAGUUUGGAUGGUGUGACCCAGUCAACUGCUAAUUUUGAUGAUUGUAUCAGUGGUAACAUUGUGAGGAAAAUGCGUUCCGGUACAUACGAUUAUGUGUCUUUUAUGCAUUUUGGACCGAAUAGAUUUGCUGUUGAUAAAACAAAACCAGUUUUCCGUUCUAAUUAUCCUGUACCAAAUAUUGGCAGCCCUGGGCUCAGCACAGCUGACUGGAACAAGAUAAGACAAGCUUACUAUUGUGAUUUGAGAGAACCGCUAAGAGACUGUUCUCAAUAUUAUCUGGAGAUUAGAAUAGGAACCAUGUCAGGGCCCUUGGUUGGAAAAUACUGCAAGGGGUUUCCAUUGCCUGGUCAGCUAGUGUUGAAAUCAAACAGGGUCUGGAUGAAGUGGGUCUCCUCUCAACUUUUUCAAGCUUCGGAAACUCUGCAAGGAACAUGGAGAAUAAAUCAAAUAACAUGUGCCUGUGAUACUAUAAAAAUGGAUAAUGUGGAUGUUCUAGAAUUAAAUGUAUUCUAUGAUAAGACAGCAACAGUUGUUGGUGGCAAAUCAGUUUAUCAGAGUGGUAAUUAUUACCUAUUCUGGAAUACAGACAUAAAUAAAUGGUUAAUAUCAACAUCAACAAAUACUACUGCAGCAUAUACAACAAAUGAGUUAGAGUAUUUUUGUCCGGAAGAUUUGGCCUCUGGAUGGAGUUAUGUUAAAGAUGGCAAGUUUGUGCCAAGUACCUCUGCUUCUAUGAGAUGUAGUGAUUGUACAAAAUAUCCAACAGCUCCUGAAUGCGAAUCCUGUUCUUGUGAUAACAUCAGAUUGGAAAACAUGGAAUCUACCACCCUAAAUGGUUUCUAUAAAAAGUCUGACACUUUAACUAAAGAAGGAAGAUCAGUUUACGAAAGUAAAAAUUGGGUCAUAUUUUGGAAUAGUCUGUUUAAAGGAUGGACAAUUUCUAAUUCAAUAGAUAGUAACAGUGCAGCAGCAUACAAUCAGAUUGAUUCCAACUGUCUUGAAGAAUUAACAUCGGGAUGGCUUUACUAUUCAGCAUCAGCUCAAGGUUUUGUUGCAAGUGUUUCUGGUUCAGUACGGUGCAGUGAUUGUACAAAGUACCCUGAUGCUCCAGAAUGUGUGACUUGCGAUUGUGACAAAAUAAAAAUGGAAAACUUUGAACUUCAGCCAUUGAAUAUUUUCUAUGAUAAGACAGCAACAGUUGUUGGUGGCAAAUCAGUUUAUCAGAGUGGUAAUUAUUACCUCUUUUGGCAUACAGAUAUAAAUAAAUGGUUAAUAUCAACUCAAACAGUUACUACUGCAGCAUUUUCAUCAAAUGAGUUAGACCUUUGUCCAGAAGAUUUGGCCUCUGGAUGGAGUUAUGUUAAAGAUGGCAAGUUUGUGCCAAGUACCUCUGCUUCUAUGAGAUGUAGUGAUUGUACAAAAUAUCCAGAAGCUCCUGAAUGUGAAUCCUGUUCUUGUGAUAACAUCAGAUUGGAAAACAUGGAAUCUACCACUCUAAAUGGUUUCUAUAAAAAGUCUGACACUUUAACUAAAGAAGGAAAAUCAGUUUACAAAAGUGAAAAUUGGGUCAUAUUUUGGAAUACUCUGUUUAAAGGAUGGACAAUUUCUAAUUCAAUAGACAGCAAUAGUGCAGCAGCUUAUAAUCAGAUUGAUUCCAAAUGUCUUGAAAAAUUAACAUCUGGAUGGCUUUACUAUUCAGCAUCAACUCAAGGUUUUGUUGCAAGUACAUCUGGUUCAGUACGGUGCAGUGAUUGCACAAAGUACCCUGAUGCUCCAGAAUGCGUUACUUGUGCUUGUGACAAAAUAAAAAUGGAUAACUUAGAACUUCAGCCAUUAAAUAUUUUCUAUGAUAAGACAGCAACAGUUGUUGGUGGCAAAUCAGUUUAUCAGAGUGGUAAUUAUUACCUAUUCUGGAAUACAGACAUAAAUAAAUGGUUAAUAUCAACUUCAACAAACACUACUUCAGCAUUUACAACAAAUGAGUUGGAGUAUUUUUGUCCAGAGGAUUUGGCCUCUGGAUGGAAUUAUGUUAAAGAUGGCAAGUUUGUGCCAAGUACCUCUGCUUCUAUGAGAUGUAGUGAUUGUACAAAAUAUCCAGCAGCUCCUGAAUGCGUUACAACUGCAACUGCAACUACAACUACAACUACAACUACAACUACAACUACAACUACAACUACAACUACAACUACAGCUCCAACCACAACUACAAUUAUAACUACAUCUACCACUACCACUACAACUACAACUACAACUACAACUACAACUACCACUACAACUACAACUACAACUACAACUACAACUACAACUACAACUACAACAUCAACUGCUUCUUCAAAUAUAUCUGCUUCUAUAACAGAAAGUUCAUCUAAAACAAUUACUAGUUUCCCUGCUACUUCUACUACAAACCAAAUCAAGGAUCCCUGCCUGUCGUGUAAACAAGUUAUUGAUGGUGCCCUAGCUGGCUUGUAUAGACUCAAGGAGACAAACUACCUUGGUUGUUUGGACGGCUGUUUGUAUGAGUUUGGUGCAGAAUUCUACUGUUUCCAAACAGGAGAUCUGAGAGUGGAUCCUUAUCCUACAUGCAACUAAACUCUUGCACGGAGUCUGCAACAAAAGGGGGGGGUGGGGGGGGGGGGAAUUUAUCACCCCACCCCCUACCCCUACACCACUUUUUUAAUGAUUCCAUCGACCAGAUUUUAUAAAUAUCAUGAUGUAGGCUGUAGCCUAGCGGAAAUAGUUUAACCAAUUAUGUUGUGCGCAUGUUCAGUUCAACCACAUGUUUAAGCUAAAGAGAAUUGGUUGAACAACGUCUAAGUGGUUCAACCAUGUCUUGUUUUUUAUUUAAUCUGGAGCUUUGAAUUUGGAUUUGUAUUGGAAAAUGUAAUUUAACUUAAUAAUCAAACAUAUCUUAUAUUUUAAUAAAUCAUCAGUUUUAAUGCA